AUGAGGGUAUACUCGCGACUGCUAGCUACAGCAACAGAUGCUGGUGCUGCGAAGGGGCCGUUCCGACCUGCUCCAGCAGCAUUACUGCCGCCGAUUCCUCUCUACAGGACGAUCCUGCGGACACAUCGAAAGCGGCUGCCAGUAGAACAACGUAUGCUCGGCGAUAUGUACGUCAAAGCUGAGUUCAGAGCUCACAAAGACAUCGACAAUCCCGUUCAAAUUAUAGGAUUCCUUUCAGAAUGGCAGAUGUACGCUCAAGCGCUGCAAGGAGAGGGUUGGAGAGGAGAGAAAAUGGAUAAGGCCAAGAUCGACAAGAUGAGCGAUCAGCAAAUUGGCCAAUUGUACGAGUUGAUGCAAACGAUCCAGAAGCAAAACAGCGAGGACGCCGAAACUGAAGAGGCUGAUGUCGUGGUACCACUUGACGACUCGAAGAAGCCUGGUCAAUGA